UCCCGCUAACCGUCACUCACCAAAAGUUCUCGAGAUACACGAAACCUGCAAGCUUCUCCUCUCAUCCCGUAUUGAUGGCAUCUCCAACUCGUGUGGCGCACUGCCAGCUGCGGUCGCCGGCACGGACGGUUCACUCGAAAGAGCAGGCAAUUCCGGCUCAGAUUUCCAUUCCGAAACCCAAACCGGCGGAGCCAGAAACUACAAACAUCGUUCUCCAGCCCCGGCUGUGUAACCUGAGAUCCUACGGCUCUGAUCGGCCAGGAAGCGUAAUCAGGACUAGGAAGGACGUCGUUGACGGUGCCGAUAACGUGUCCCCCUUCUUCGCCACGCUGUCUGAAUACAUCGAAAGCUCUCAGAAAAGCCACGAUUUCGAGAUCAUCUCUGGUCGCCUGGCUAUGAUGGUGUUUGCAGGGACUGUGACGAUGGAAGUCGUGACGGGGAACUCAGUGUUCAGAAAGAUGGACAUGGAAGGAAUAGUGGAAGCAGGAGGGGUGUGUUUGGGAGCCGUAGCAUUUGCGGCCAUGUUUGCGUGGUUUUCAAGUGCUCGAAACAGAGUGAGCAAGAUGUUCACAAUCGGGUGCAACACUUUCAUCGAUUCUGUGAUUGAUCAAAUCGUGGAUAGAUUGUUCUACGAAAGUGAGCUUAGUGACUGGUCUGAUGAACUGUGAUCCUCUACAAUUGUUUAGGCGAGAGAGUGCAAGACUUGAUUUGAUGCGCACUCGACGUAAGCACCCUUUGUGGCUUAGACGUUAUAGUAUAGUAAUAGUAUUGUUGUUGUUAUUGUUCAUAUUUGCUGUUAAUGUAGCAAAGGCAAAUAUGCUAGCCAGCUCAUACGGAGAGGAUCAGAAUUAUAUAAAGAGAAUGACACAUAGGUUCAAGGGUAAAUUAAUUUAAAUUAAGUUUUACAUGUUAAA